CUUCCGCUUUCGGCAGCGGGGCGGCAGUCCGAGGGGCCUGCUGCCUGUGCCCAUGGCAGCCGCGAGCAGCGGGCUGACUGAGCUGGGUUUCGUGGAGGCGGCGCCGGCGUGGCGGCUGCGCAGCGAGCAGUUCCCCAGCAAGGUGGGCGGCCGGCCGGCGUGGCUGGGCGCAGCCGGGCUGCCGGGGCCCGCGGGGCUGGCCUGCGCGCAGUGCGGCCGCCCACUGGCCUUCCUGCUGCAGCUGUACGCGCCGCUCCCGGGCCGCGCCGACGCCUUCCACCGCGGUCUCUUCCUUUUCUGUUGCCGAACGCCACCGUGCUGCGCCGGCCUACGCGUUUUUAGAAAUCAGUUGCCCAGGAGAAAUGACUUCUACGCCUAUGAGCCACCUUCUGAGGAUCCUCCGCCAGAGACAGGAGAAUCCGUGUGCCUCCAGCUCAAGUCUGGUGCUCAUCUCUGCAGAGUUUGUGGCUGUUUAGGCCCCAAAACCUGCUCCAGAUGUCACAAGGCACAUUACUGCAGUAAGGAGCAUCAGACUCUCGACUGGAGAUUGGGACAUAAGCAGGCUUGUACACAAGCAGGUGAUUUGGACAGUACAGUUCCAGACCACAGCUUCCUUUUUCCAGAAUUUGAAAUUGUAAUAGAAACAGAAGAUGAGAUUAUGCCUGAAGUUGUGGAAAAAGAUGAUGAAUCAGAGAUUAUAGGUAGCAUGGGUGAAGCACCUGAGGAAGAAUUGGAUUCCAUGGCAAAACAUGAAUCUAGGGAAGAUAGAAUUUUUCAGAAGUUUAAAACCAAAAUAUCCCUUGAACCAGAACAGAUUCUCAGAUAUGGCAGAGGGAUUGCCCCCAUCUGGAUCUCUGGUGAAAAUAUCCCUCAAGAAAAGGAGAUUCCAGAUUGCCCUUGUGGUGCCAAGAGAAUAUUUGAAUUCCAGGUCAUGCCUCAUCUGCUCAACUACCUGAAGGCCGACAGACUGGGCAGGAGUGUCGACUGGGGCGUCCUGGCCAUUUUCACCUGUGCUGAAAGCUGUGGCCUGGGCACUGGCUACACAGAGGAAUUUGUUUGGAAGCAAGAUAUAACAGAUGCCGCCUAAAGACAAUGGUGUAAAGCCUUAAAAUAUUCAUCAUCACUUAGACCUUCCAUUUCUAGGACUUUAUCCUAAGGAAGUAAUUAUACCAGAGAUACACAAAGAUUUUGUUUUAGGGGUUGUUUACAUUGUCUAAUAUUAGACAGAAAUGUCCAGUGACAGGGAAUUAAGUAAAUUCUGGUGUAUGUCCAGCAGGAGGCUACGCAGUCUUAAUGAUACAGACUUAUAUGCACAUCAACUAAGAUAAAGAUGCCAAGGUACCAUUAUAGAUGGUAUUCACAGUAUGCUAUUUUUGUAAAAAUAUUUAUACAUGUGUAUGUACACCAAAAAUAUCUGGAAUGAUAUGCACUAGAUGUGAACUGGUUAACUGAACAGUGGGACUAAGUGACAUGAU